UUGGCUGGUAGUGUCAGUCUCCAACAACAACAAAGAUGGACGCGUGUACAGCAGUGGGGAGAGAGAUUGAUAAAGUUCUCUCAAAAUUCACAUCAUACAGUGACCAUGCCUCUAAUACAAUUUCUUCACUACGUGGUAACAUCGAGAGUCUUCAAAUAGAGAUAAGCCAAGUAGGCAAUGGUGAUAUAACAGAAGCUCAGGCAGUUAUUUUGAGCCAGGCUCUUGGUCGAGUGAAGGAAGCUGUGACACGCCUGAGUACUGAACACAGAGAUCUUCAUUCCUCUGUUUCCAAAGUUGGCAAAGCCAUUGAUAAGAAUUUCACAGCAGACUUUGGGUGUAUCAGCAAUGAUUCGGUAUUUAGUGGAGAAAAACAGCAGCUUGUGAAUGAAGUAAUCUGUCAGCACUUCUUUCGGGAGGGGUUACUGGACAUUGCAGAGGAAUUCAUCAGUGAAACAGGACUGGAGUUGCAGGAGGAGUCCCGAGAACCUUUUUUCGAACUUAACCGAAUCCUUGCAGCCUUAAAGGCACGAGAUUUGGGCCCGGCUCUUCAGUGGGCUGAGGAAAAUCGAGAAAAGUUAAGGUCACAAAAUAGCAGUUUGGAAUUCAAGUUGCACCGGCUUGCAUACAUCAAUUUGAUCAAGGAAGGACCACCCUGUGUUCCACAGGCCAUUGAAUAUGCCCGAGUUCACUUCACUCCAUUUGUAUUUCAACAUGAAAAAGUAAUCCAAAGUCUUAUGGGAUGUCUCCUAUAUGUGAAAGGUGGCUUGGAAAAUUCCCCAUAUGCAGACCUUCUAACCCCACAUCAGUGGUCAGAAAUUUGUGACGUCUUUACACGAGAUGCUUGUGCUCUUCUUGGUCUCUCUGUUGACAGUUCUUUGGCUGUGUGUGUUAAUGCAGGAUGCACAGCUCUGCCAGUUCUUCUGAAUAUCAAACAGGUUAUGCAGCAACGUGCAGUACACAACAUGUGGAACACAAAGGAGGAAUUACCAAUUGAAAUAGACCUGGGCCCGUCCUCUCGCUAUCACUCUAUAUUUGCCUGCCCAAUUUUACGUCAGCAGUCAACAGAGAGCAACCCCCCCAUGCGUCUGAUCUGUGGCCAUGUGAUCUCCCGAGAUGCUCUUAAUAAACUCACCACGAGUGCUAAAUUGAAGUGUCCAUAUUGCCCUGUAGAACAAAAUCCUGCAGAUGCUGUUCAGAUCUUCUUUUAAUCUUUAUCAUCUGUUUAAGAUAAGAGUUUAAAGUUGAAUACUUAGAUUUUAUCAAUGUAUUCAAUAUAGAAUAUUAAUUGCUACAAGACUUGAUUUUCUAAAGUAGGUCUUCAGAAAACUCACAAGGUUAAUACUGUAUAUGACAAGUUUGUAUUCAUUUCACCAACAUAGAUGUUAGAUAGCUUCAGUUUUUGGUAACUGUUUCUCCAUAUGCAAAUAGCUCAGUGUUUUCAUAAUCUGUUUCUCACAGGUCUUACUAUUUAGUGCAAUCAUCUACUCAGUCAAUUUUUUAAAAGCUUGAUACAUUUUUAUAUUCAAGAUAAAGACUUGGUGAAAUAUUACAUGAGUGUUAAGGAGCUAUAGCAAAUGUUAGAAUGUUGAAAAAUAAAUGGUUUUCAAUGUACAGCUCCUCCCCGACUUACGCUACUCGACUUACGACCACUUGCACUUACGACCUGCCUCAGUCGUACCCAAAUUUUGUCAUAUUACGUAUUUUCGAGUCCCAACGUCAGUACACAGAGAA